GCGGCGGAGGAGGAGGGGCCCCCGCCGGGCGGGCCGCCCGGCGCGGGUGCGCCGGCCGACGCCGGCAGCGGCGGCGGCGGGGAGCCGCCGGCGCGGCCGUGCAGGCAGCUGCCCGACGUGGGCCUCAGCCCCGUCCGUGGCCUGCCGGCGGGCGGGCGGCUACUGCCGCCAAAUGCCUCGGACCCCGCUGGCCCCACCGGCGUCUUCCAGGACUGGGUGGUGGUGCCCGAAGCGCGGGCUGGUGGGCCGGUCGUGGGCGUCGUGCUCCUCAGGCACGAGAGCGUGCACGUGUACAACUUCGAUAUCCGAGAAGCCCCCGACUGGGCUAAGCAGAUCUUCGCGGUGAACCGCGAGUUCUGCCAGCGGCACGGGUACAAAUGGUGCUGA